ACUUGACAAUUAUAAUAAUUGAUCACUUGUUCAAAUUAACAACUAUUAACAUACAACUAAUUAUGUUCAAGCCGCCCUCAUCCCAGCUCGAUAGUUUUCGUGUGUGUAUAUAUAUAUACACAUGCAUGAUCCUCAUUACACACCAACAAAACAAGAACACAACAAACAUUUAGUUUGAGUUAUCCAUUAGUUCCAAUGGCUUUCAGUAAGCAAAUUCUUGUAUUUCUUGUACUAGUUGGCAUAUUCAACAUAUCAUGUAAUGCUCAAGGAUUGAAGCUUGGCUUCUACAAGAAGACUUGUCCAUCUGCUGAGGCGAUCGUGAAAAAGGAAACUGCUAGUAUUAUGGCCGUUGCUCCAACUCUUGCCGCUCCUAUUCUCAGAAUGCAUUUCCACGAUUGUUUUGUUAGGGGUUGUGAUGCUUCUAUUCUAUUGAAUUCGACAACAAAUAAUCAAGCUGAGAAAGAUUCAUUUCCCAAUCUAUCCCUUAGAGGAUAUGGAUCCAUCGACAGAGUGAAAUCCGCAGUGGAGAAGAAGUGCCCCGGUGUUGUUUCUUGUGCUGAUAUAUUAGCUCUUGUUGCACGAGAUGCAGUUUCACUUUUGAAUGGAGCAUCGUGGCCAGUGCCAUUGGGAAGAAGAGAUGGAAAUGUAUCAAACAGCACAGAGGUUUUGUUCAAUCUUCCACCUCCCUUUUUCAACAUCACUCAAUUGAAAGCUAACUUUGCCUCAAAGGGUUUGAAUGCAAAGGACCUUGUUGUUCUCUCGGGAGGACACACAAUAGGAACAUCGCAUUGCUCGAGUUUCACUAACCGCCUGUACAACUUCACCGGUGUUGGAGACAGUGACCCUUCAUUGGACUCUAACUACGUUGCUCGUUUGAAGACAAGAUGCAGUGCGACCGAUACCACUACACUUGUUGAAAUGGACCCCGGAAGCUUUAAAACAUUCGAUACCGAGUAUUACACUCUUGUUGCUAAAAGAAGAGGACUUUUCACAUCUGACGCAGCUCUUCUUGCCGACAGUGAAACUAGGGCUUACGUCACCAGCCAUGCUACUCCUCAAGGGUCAAAGGAUUUCUUGAAGGACUUUGCAAAGUCAAUGGUCAAAAUGGGCAAAAUUGGUGUGUUGACCGGGAGCCAAGGUGAAAUCAGGAAAACAUGUGGUUUUAUUAAUUAA